AUGGCAGCAAUGCUACAACAGAUUAUUGGUAAAAACCCCGGUACAGUGAGAAAGGCGCAGCUGGCAAUCCUCGCUAUACUCGCAUUCUCAAUAUCUACUUCUAUCGUUUACGUGAUGGCGCUAUAUUAUGGUAUUAUUUCAAAUGCGGCGCAUGCGAUGCCACCCCGUUCGACAGACGCCACAAAGACUAUGGCUUGGCGAAUGUUUGCUGUAAGGGAGACGCACCGCAAAACCCAGGACGCGUAUUCACGUUGCCGUACCCCGGUAGGCGUACCCAUAGACAGAGACAUUACGCCAAUUCAGGGUGGUAAAUACAUAAAAUAUCAAUUGAACUGUCACACGGAUUUGGGAAGCGCGUGUUGUAAGUAUCCAACUAUGUGGAAGCAUACCCGCGUCGAUGACCACCUGGGCAAGGGCGACAGGCUCGAGCACGCGAUGGCCAGGAUUAAGUAG